AUGGGCGAGCGCAAGGUGAUAAACAAGUACUACCCGCACGACUUCGACCCGUCCAACGUCCCGCAGCGGCAGCGGCCCAAGAACGAGCAGACCAAGGUGCGGAUGAUGCUCCCGAUGACCGUCCGCUGCGGCGCCUGCGGGGUGUACCUCGGCCGGGGCACCAAGUUCAACACGCGCAUGGAGGACGUCCCCGGCGAGAGGUACCUCGGCGCGAUCCGGGUCUUCCGCUUCUACAUCAAGUGUUCGCGCUGUUCCGCCGAGAUCGCAUUCAGGACGGACCCCAGGAACUCGGGCUACGCGCUCGAGUCCGGCGCGAGCGCCACGCGGGACGACGCCGCGGCGCGCGAGGAGGAGGAGGAGGAAGAGGAGCGGAGGCGGGACGGCGGGGACGCCAUGGCGGCGUUGGAGCGCCGGGCGCGCGACGGCCGGCGCGAGAUGGACGCGGACGCGGCGCUGGAGGAGGCGCGCUCGCUCAAUGCCAGGCGCGCCCGGGUCGCGCCGGAGCAGGCCCUCGAGGCCCUGCUGUGCCGCCGCCGCAGCCAGGCCAAGACAGUGCAAGAGCAGGAGCAGGACGCAGACGAGGCGCUCGUCAGAUCCAUCCGUUUCCGCAACUCCGCUGGGUACAUCAAGCGGAUCGAGGAGGACGAUGACCGGGAGGAGGAGGAUGUCUUCACGGUCUCUGUGCCGAAAACCAUGCCCGACCACCAAGCGCAUAAGGAGAAGCGGCGGCAAGCUCCCGUGGUUAUUGUUUCCAAGAGGAGAUGCGUGCCGACGGUACCAGAGGGCAAGUCACACGACGGCGGUCACGCCGACAAGUCGGAGGGUAAAGCAUCUGCCGGGGACACGGAGGCGAACAGUGGCGCUCUUCAGGUGCUCUGCUGCAGCUACGACAGCGACGACCAAGAGGAGACCUGA